AUGACCCAAGUACCCUUGAUUAUUGAUACGGAUCCAGGUGUGGAUGACCUUCUUGCGAUCUUGCUGGCGAUCGCUUCGCCGGAAGUUUCGCUCGAGGGCAUUACCCUGACGUUUGGUAAUACGACGUUGGACUAUGCGCAUGGGAAUAUUCUGCGUCUUUCGCAUGCCCUCAACGUGGCUUUCAAAGACGGAGCAAUCACCAACGAAACGCUGCGCGAGCGUAUUGAGCACGGCAUGAAUGGUAAGCCUAUCCCUGUAGCUCUUGGUGCGGAAAAGCCCAUGGGUGGUCGCCUGUUCACCGCCAGUUACUUCCACGGCCGUGACGGCAUGUCGGGUGUGUCGUUCCUGGAGGGCAACCCCUACCCCAUGGCUGACUCGAACCCGCUCUUCGAUGCCAAGCCGAUUGCUACACCUGCAGAUGAAUUCAUCUUGGAUGUGAUUCGCAGGCACCCACCACACACGGUUCGCAUCGCGGCUGUGGCGCCCCUGACCAACUUGGCGAAUGCCUACCUGAAGGACCCAGAGACAUUUAGCAGGGUUGGAUGUAUCAGCGUGAUGGGAGGUGCGCUGGAUGUGCCUGGUAACACAUCCCCCACAGGAGAAUUCAACUUUUUCGCGGAUCCAUGGGCCGCCAAGGUGCUGCUGGAAGACGCAACACUAGAUGGCCGGCGCCUGCCCAUCCACCUUCUACCUCUCGACACAACAACGAAGCACACUGUGCCGUACUCGCACAUCAUGAUGGAUGAGUCAUCGGAGCUGUACAAAAAGAAUUACUUGUUCAGGCUCAUCACGCACUUCCUCCGAAAGCCUCGUUCUGUGACCAACUCGUUUGCACCGCCAAAUGUCCCAUUCGACCCGGCCAAAUACGAUCUGUUCGAAGCACAUGAUCCACUGGCUGUGGCUCAUGCUAUUUUCUACACGGACGCUGAGCUCUGGGGAGACACGGAGCGUCCGUUUCUCGUGGAAACCGAUGGCCGUCACACGCGUGGAUUUUGCGUCGUGGACCGCCGUCAGCAGGGUGAAGAGUACGAUGGUCGCAACAAAGCUGAAGUUGAAGCAGAGCGCGGACCCAAAAAUGAGUAUGGUCUAUCAAGCUCGUCGACCACGCCUGCCAAGCGCAAGGCUGACGACAAGCCUGUGACGCCGCCUGUGCCAUCCACGCGGGUCGUAACCAAAACGCCAGGCUCAGCCUGGUUCGAACACUUAAUGUUGGGUCGCUUGGGUAUGCAAACAUAG